UAGAACUAACAAGUCACAACCAAGUUUUGUACAGAUGAGUCUAUACAAUGCACUGUCCCCACCAAAUUCCCACAUCAUUUUGCUGAACUACACAUUUUGGUGUAAAAAACAAUAAAUGCCUCUCCUGAAGUACAUUAGAGGAAUUUAGCCCUUUGAUUUCAUAACUAGGGAGUUUAUCACUUUCAAAGCAGGAGAGCACUUGGUAUCAUUAAAAGCAAGCUAAGAAGACAACUUCCAAACCAUAAAAUGUAUCUUGAAAACAAGAAUGAUCCGUUACGAAAAUGUGAAGUGGAAAGGACACAGUCAUCAAACUGUACUGGUGUGAAUGGAUGUCUAGGGACAGAUGCUGUAGCCGGUGAAUUCAACGAGCUGAUAAUUCUGGAUGGCUUUCACAGAGCGGCUGAUGUAGAGGCUGAAAGGAGGAAAUCUCUGCAAAAUGGAACAACUGGACCAGAGUGCUGUGUUCCACUUGGGAAAGACUUUAGCGCAAACAAUAUGCAGAGAAGAUAUCCGUUCAGUUUGUCAAAGCUGUUCAGCCCAACAAAAGACUGCGGUUAUACAGAGAAGACUCCCCUUCUGAAUUUUUCUUCUGAAAACAAACAGUCCCAAUGCAAAGCUGUAAAUAGACCAGAAUUUCUAUUUGGCGUGGAUUCAUUGGAGAACAGCUCAUCUGAAUUUGAGCAGAGGUGCCGUCUUGGAAGUGAAGUUGGAAGCCUUUCCAGAUCUGUGUCUACUGAGAAAAAUGAACUUUUAGACAACCUACAAGAGAAACUAAAUUUUUCAAAAUUCAGGUGCUUCCUAAAGAAUUUAAAGAUUGCAGUUCUCUUCAUUAUUGUGGUGACCUGUUCUGUUUUAUUUAGCACAUCUUCUGAUAAAAGCAGCCCUUGGCAGAUGUUGGCCCUAUCAUCUAUGGAAAGCUUUUCUGGGAAUCUCACAGAUUUUAGAAAUGCUGCCCUUUUAAAGCUUCAGAUUGAUGGACCAUUUGCAGGCGAUCUGCUUGAUCCAAGAAAUGAUGAAUAUAUUCUUGUACAGAUAACACAAACUGAAGACCCUGUUUCAAGGAGGAGGCGCUCUUCACAGGUUACUUACAACUGGACACUGCCUUUGAGCUCAAGGAGAAAGGAACAUAUCAUAAGAGAAAAAACAUUUGAAAUACUGGACAGUGAUACGAUUUCAAUCAACAUCCAAGCAUUUCUACAGGGGACGCAGCUUGUGCCAUUGUCUUUAUCUCAUCAGUACCUCAGUGCGAGCAUAGAGACUCAAGUAACAAUUGCAGCUGUCGUCUUAGCAGGUGUUUAUGUGCUAAUCAUAUUUGAGAUUGUUCACAGAACUCUGGCAGCAAUGUUGGGCUCCCUGGCAGCACUGGCGGCAUUGGCAUUAGUUGGAGAUAGACCAAGCUUGGUGAAAGUGGUGGAGUGGAUUGAUUAUGAAACACUGGCACUUUUGUUUGGCAUGAUGAUUUUGGUGGCAGUGUUUUCUGAUACUGGAUUUUUUGAUUACUGUGCUGUAAAAGCUUACCAGCUAUCCAGAGGAAGGAUCUGGCCCAUGAUAAUUAUUCUCUGUCUUAUUGCGGCCAUUCUCUCUGCAUUCUUGGACAAUGUUACCACCAUGUUGCUUUUUACUCCGGUCACAAUAAGGUUAUGCGAAGUACUCAAUCUUGAUCCAAGACAUGUCCUUAUUGCCGAAGUCAUCUUCACAAACAUCGGCGGUGCAGCUACUGCUGUUGGUGAUCCCCCCAAUGUGAUAAUUGUUUCUAAUCAAGAGUUAAGAAAAGUGGAAUUGGACUUUGCAGGAUUUACUGGACAUAUGUUCUUAGGAAUUUGCCUGGUUCUUCUAGUAUCUUUUCCAUUUCUCAGAAUUCUGUAUUGGAACAAGAAACUUUACAAUAAGGAACCCAGUGAAAUUGUUGAGCUGAAACAUGAAAUUCAUGUUUGGCGACUGACCGCACAAAGGAUUAAUCCAGCUAGCCGUGAAGAGACUGCAGUCAAAUGUCUUCUAAUGCAAAAGGUUUUGAAACUGGAAAGCCUGUUGAGAAAAAAACUUCAAACUUUUCAGAGGCAAAUAUCUCAGGAGGAUAAAAAUUGGGAAACUAAUAUUCAGGAGCUGCAAAAAAGGCAUGGGAUAUCAGACAAGAUUCUUCUUAUCAAAUGUUUGUCUGUCUUGGGCUUUGUCAUCUUUAUGUUUUUUCUCAAUUCAUUUGUUCCAGAAAUUCAUCUGGACCUGGGCUGGAUUGCAAUUCUGGGUUCACUCUGGCUGCUUGUGCUAGCGGAUGUUCAUGAUUUUGAGAUUAUCCUACAUCGGGUUGAAUGGGCCACCUUGCUGUUUUUUGCCGCAUUGUUUGUGCUAAUGGAGGCAUUGGCCCAUCUACACUUAAUAGAAUACAUAGGGGAGCAAACUGCAUUACUGAUAAAGGCAGUUCCAGAAGAUGAACGCCUUGCCAUUGCUAUAAUAUUAGUAGUAUGGGUUUCUGCUUUAGCAUCCUCUCUAAUUGACAACAUCCCAUUCACAGCUACAAUGAUUCCAGUUCUUAUAAAUCUGAGCCAAGAUGCUGAUGUGAAUUUACCAAUAAAGCCCCUUAUUUUUGCAUUGGCUAUUGGAGCUUGUUUAGGAGGAAAUGGAACAUUAAUUGGAGCCUCUGCAAAUGUUGUAUGUGCUGGAAUAGCAGAACAACAUGGAUAUGGAUUUUCCUUCAUGGAAUUUUUUAGGCUCGGUUUCCCAAUGAUGAUCGUCUCUACAGCUAUUGGAAUGUGUUAUCUUCUAGUGGCUCAUGUUGUACUGGGGUGGAAUGCCUAACUCAGUGCUCAUAAAUACAUUGUAUAUUAACCAUGGUUAAGAAUGUAAACACUAUUGUUCAUGCCUAAGACCGACAAGCAGCUUCAAUUCAAUAUGCAAUAGGACAUAACAGAAAAAGAGCUGAAAUUAUGUUUACACAAGCCACCUGUCGUACUCUAUCCUAUAAUCAUUGAACAUCAGCUAACAAAUGUGAUGGGCUCCCAAAUAGUUUUUAUCUUAACAAGUACAAUCUAACAUUAUGUACCAUGCAAUUUGUUGCUCCUUUUGUCAUUAGAAAAGACCUAUGCAAAUGUUCUAUUGUUAUUUCCACUGCAAACAGUUAUUAGUCUUUGAGAUUGCUUAUGUUCUCGACAUACGCAGAAGGACAUAAAAUUGGCGUUUGAAUGCAGUGGAACACUAACACCAACCUUUUUUAGUUGCUGGUCAUUUAUAAAAAUGAAUGCCACUUGUGUUGGUGAGUGUUAAAGGGGAUUGCUACAUAUUCACGAAAUAUGUAGCAAUCGAAUCUGUUCCUUAAUGCCUUGUAAAUGUGUAUUUUCACAAUACACAACUGACCUAAUUCACAGUUGUACACUGCUACAACUGGUCUAUAAAAAAAAAUACUGUACAUAUAUAUUUUAGAAUGUACACAAAAAAAUAAACAUCAACAUUGGUGUAACAGUGAA